CAGCCCUGGCAAACAAAACAGCUGAUGCUGCCAAAACCACAUCCACUGCCGUAGCUUAUCAACAAAUUAAUUUAAAAAUAAUUCAAACAAAAUGCUGCGCAGAACGUUGCAUUUAGCUGCCUUUGGAUUGCGCCAAACAGGAGCAAUCCCAUCCACAUCGAGAUACCUGCCGAAACUUCUGGAUAACCAAGACAAGAUCCUGUGUCGCCUGCAACCCACCCGCGAUUACGCAAAGGGCAAGGACAAAAAAAAGGAAAAAGGCGGCAAGGGAAAGCCCGCCAAGGUGGAAAUCAAUGAGCAGCAGCUGAGGGAGAUCCUAAAUUUCGAUGGACUGAACUCCCAGAUGCAAAAGUCCGUCUCCCAAAUGAAGGAUGACUUCGUAAAGCACCUCUCGCUGCGCUCCACCAGCGGCGCCAUCGACACACUGCGAGUCAAGGUGGAUGGCCAGGAGCACGAGCUGCAGGAGCUGGCUCAAAUCUCACGAAAGAACCCCAAGACCAUAAUUGUGAACAUGAUUGCCUUUCCGCAAACCAUUCCCGACGUCCUGAAAGCCAUCGAAAAGAGUGGCAUGAACCUGAAUCCCCAGCAGGAUGGCACCACACUCUUUAUCCCGAUCCCAAAGGUCACCAAGGAGCACAGGGAGAAUCUAUCCAAGAAUGCCAAGGCUUUGUUUGUCAAGUAUCGCGAUGCCAUUCGGGGCGUACAAAUGGAGCACAUCCGGAAGCUGAAGAAGCAACCAGAGUUGGGAAAGGACGAUGCAUUUGCGGCCCAGGCGCAGGUCACGGCCAUAGCGGAUCGGUACAUUGGAGAGGCGGACAAACUACUGGCCACCAAGCAAAAGGAGCUGCUGGGCGACUAAUUACCAAGACUGAGACCCAUCCUGUUAUCCCAAUUCACCAGUUGUUUAAAUCACAAAUAAAUCUAAUGAGAGGAA